AUGGCCGACCACCGCCACGACGAUGCCCCGGCAGACGUGGAAGGAAACACACACCCGACAGACACCGAGCCACCGCCGCCGCUGCCGCCCGCGCUGAACGUCCCCGUCCCCAAUGCCGCAGACACGCCGCGCUCGUCGGAGCAGAUAUUCGACCAGCGCAUCCACGCCGCCCCCCGCCCGCGGACAGACUCGCAGUCAACCGCCGCGACCGCCGCGACCGCCGCCACACGGCCCUCGACCCGCAGCUCGCUCGUCUUCGUCGGCACCGCGCUCGACACCAUUGCCGCGUCCAAGGACGCCCGCAAGAACAAGAAGCUCGGCGACGCCGCCAAUGCCGCCCUCGCCGCCAUCAAGCGCGAGGGCGACCCGGCCCGCAUCAACCCGGAGCUGCUGUUCGAGCCCCUGCAGCUGGCCUCGGAGGUCCCCAACGUGCCCGUCUCCAUCACCGCCCUCGACUGCAUCGGCAAGCUGAUCAGCUACUCGUACUUUUCCGUCCCGUCGGAGCCCCAUGCCGAGGGUGCCCGGACCAGCGAGGGAGCGCCGCUCAUCGAGCGCGCCAUCGACACCAUAUGCGACUGCUUCCAGGGCGAGGCCACCCACCCAGACGUCCAGCUGCAGAUUGUCAAGUCGCUGCUGGCCGCCAUCCUCAACGACAAGAUUGUCGUCCACGGCGCCGGCCUGCUCAAGGCCGUGCGCCUGACGUACAACAUCUUCCUGCUGUCCAAGUCGAGCGCGAACCAGCAGGUCGCCCAGGGCGCCCUGACCCAGAUGGUCGGCACAGUCUUUGAGCGCGUCAAGGCCCGUCUGGCCGUCAAGGAGGCCCGCCUUGGCCUGUCGCGUGCCUCGCUGAACGACAAGGACCGGUCGGCCGACAGCUUGGACCACGAACAGGGGUCGCCCGGCACGGACGGGUCCAGCGGCGGCGGCGGCGGCGGCGACGGCGACGGCGACGGCGACGGCGACGACGACGACGACGAACCUGCCCAAGACGCCGACGUGGAAGAGCCCAGCGACAAGGCCGUCGACAAGCACACGGGCCCCAAGAUUACGCUGCAGAGCUUCGAGAACAGCAUGACCUUCAACGACGACCGCAUACACGACAACGCGCCGACCUUGGUGACAAGGAUAAAGGGCAAGCCCAGCUCGCGGCACGUGUCUGGCGUCGGCACCUCCACGCCGCAGACGGGUGCAGACGACGACGAGGAGGACGAGAUCUUCGUCAAGGACGCCUACCUCGUCUUCCGCGCCAUGUGUCGCCUGAGCACAAAGGGCCUCUCGGUAGACCACGCCAUGGACGUCCGGUCGCAGGGCAUGAGGUCGAAGCUGCUCUCGCUGCACAUGGUCCACACCAUCCUCCACAACAACAUUGCUGUCUUUGUCUCCCCCUACGCCACCAUCCGGAGCGGCAGCGGCGACGAGCCCACGACGUUUGUGCAGGCCAUCAAGCAGUACCUGUGUCUCAGCCUGAGCCGCAACGGCGCCAGCUCCGUCAAGCCCGUCUUCGAGGUCGCAGCGGAGAUUUUCUGGCAGAUGCUCAAGUAUCUGCGCGUCAUGCUCAAGAAGGAGGUCGAGGUCUUCCUAAAGGAAAUCUACCUCGCCACCCUCGACAAGCGCGCAGCCCCGGCCUUCCAGAAGCAGCACGUCCUCGGCAUAUUCGGCCGUUUCGCCGCGGACCCGCGCGCACUCGUCGAGGUCUAUCUGAACUACGACUGCGACCGCACUGCCCUCGACAACAUGUAUCAGCGCGUGGUCGAGCACCUGUCCAAGAUCUCCAGCAACCCCGUGACCAUUACGCCCAUGCAGCAGCAGGCCUACCAGGAGCACCGAGAGAAGCGCGCAAGGCAGAUGGACUGGCAGACUCGAGGCACGCUGCCACCCUCGCUCACCACAGUGUCGAUGAACUCUGCCAACGAUGCCGACGGUGCCUAUCCGCAAGAGUACGCCAUGAAGCAAGAGGCGCUGGAGGCGCUUGUCGAGAUCCUGCGGUCGCUCGUCGGCUGGGCGCAGCAGUCGCUGCCGGAAAGCACAAAAGCACAGCCGCAAGACUCGAGAUUGUCGCUCGACGAUCCGAGGCUCUCGAUGGAUGCGCGCACGCUCGCAGACUCGCCCGCCCCCGGCCCGGACUCGGGCACGGUAACGCCGCUUGCCGAAGACGACUACAGCCAGCUGGAGAGGGCAAAGCAGCGAAAGACUGCCAUGACAAACGCAGUGCGAGCAUUCAACUACAAGCCCAAGAAGGGCUUGAAGGUGCUGAUCAAGGACGGCUUCAUCCCGUCCGACUCGCCCGAAGACAUUGCCCGUUUCUUCCUCGACAACGAUCGCAUCGACAAGGGCGCGCUUGGCGAGUUUCUCGGCGAAGCCGAUCCCGAGAACAUUGCCAUCAUGCACGCCUUUGUUGACCUGAUGGACUUCACCAAGACUCGGUUCGUAGACGCCCUGCGUCGCUUCCUCCAGAGCUUCCGCCUCCCGGGAGAAGCGCAGAAGAUUGAUCGUUUCAUGCUAAAGUACGCCGAGCGAUACAUGACCGGCAACCCAAACGCGUUCGCCAACGCCGACACUGCCUACGUUCUCUCCUACUCGGUCAUCAUGCUGAACGUCGACCAGCACAGCAAGAAGAUGAAGGGGCCCCGCAUGACACCGGAAGACUUCAUCAAGAACAACCGCGGCAUCAACGACAGUGCAGAUUUGCCCGAAGACUACCUCCGCGGCAUCUACGACGAGAUUGCGCACAACGAGAUUGUCCUCAACACUGAGCAGGAGGCAGCUGCAGACAAGGGUCUGGUUGCGCCACAGCCUGCCGGGGGUCUCGGCCUUGCCAGCAUCGGCCAGGCGCUGACCGGCGGCGCUCGGGACUUGCAGCGGGAAGCCAUCGCACAGGCUUCCGAGGCCAUGGCGAACAAGACGGAGCAGCUGUACAAGCAGCUCCUCCGGGCUCAGCGCAGGACCGCGACCGCUACGCCCGUCUCCAAGUACAUACCCGCCUCGUCGUCGAAGCACGUCGGUCCCAUGUUCGAGGUCACUUGGAUGCCCUUUUUGAUGGCGCUGUCGGGGCAAGCGCAGGACCACAACAUUGAGAUUGUCCGUCUGUGCAUCGAGGGCAUCAAGCUGGCUAUCCGCAUAUCCUGCCUCUUCGACUUGGCGGAUGCCCGUCAAGCCUUUGUGUCUUUCCUCGCCCGCUUCACCAAUCUCUACAACCUGAGCGAGAUGAAAGCGAAGAGCAUGGAGGCGCUCAAGACGCUCAUCGACGUCGCCCACACCGAAGGCAACCUGCUCAGAGAGUCUUGGCGCGAGAUUCUCACCUGCGUCUCGCAGCUGGACCGCUUCCAGCUCAUCUCGGCUGGCAUCGACGAGCGUUCGGUGCCAGACGUGCUCAAGUCGAACACGGCGUCGCAGUCGAAGAAGAACCUCCACGUCCCCGGCAGCCGGCGGCGGCAGUCGCACGUCAACAGCGUGCACUUCUCGGCCGACGUGGCCGAGGAAAGCCGGUCGACAGACAUUGUCAGGGGAGUGGACCGCAUCUUCACCAACAGCGCGAACCUGUCCGGUGAGGCCAUUGUCGACUUUGUCAAGGCCCUCGUGCAGGUCAGCUGGCAGGAGAUCCAGUCUUCGGGCCAGAGCGAGUCGCCGCGUACCUACAGCUUGCAGAAGCUGGUCGAGAUCAGCGGAUACAACAUGACCCGUGUGCGCUUCGAGUGGACCAACAUCUGGCACGUGCUCGGCGCCCACUUCAACGAGGUCGGCUGCCAUACAAACACAAACGUCGUCUACUUUGCCCUGAACUCGUUGCGACAGCUGUCGAUGAAGUUUAUGGAGAUUGAGGAGCUGCCGGGCUUCAAGUUCCAAAAGGACUUUCUGAAGCCGUUUGAGCACAUCAUCAACAACGCCAGCGUCGUGUCCGUCAAAGACAUGGUCCUGCGCUGUCUCAUCCAGAUGAUCCAGGCGCGCGGGGAGAACAUUCGCUCUGGCUGGAAGACAAUGUUCGGCGUCUUCACUGUUGCCGCGAGGGAGCCUUACGAGGGCAUCGUCAACCUUGCGUUUGAAAACGUCACGCAAGUGUACAACACGCGCUUCGGAGUCGUCAUCUCACAAGGCGCGUUUGCAGAUCUCAUCGUCUGCCUGACCGAGUUCUCAAAGAACUACAAGUUCCAGAAAAAGUCCCUGCAGGCUAUCGAGCUGCUAAAGUCGUCGGUGCCCAAGAUGCUGCGGACUCCAGAGUGCUCGCUGUCCGCCCACGCCGGCUACCUGAAGGACUCUGACAAGGGCUCGUCCAUACCCAAGCAACCCACUCGCCAGACGCAGGAAGAGCAGUUCUGGUUCCCCGUGCUCUUUGCCUUCCACGACGUCCUCAUGACCGGCGAGGAUCUGGAAGUGCGCUCGCGAGCACUGAGCUACCUCUUCGACACCCUCGUCAGCUACGGGAGCAACUUUCCUCGCGACUUCUGGGACAUGCUGUGGCGGCAGCUGCUGUAUCCCAUCUUCAUGGUCCUGAAGUCAAAGUCCGAGAUGACCAAGGUGUUGAACCACGAAGAGCUGUCUGUGUGGCUCUCAACGACCAUGAUCCAAGCCCUGCGCAAUAUGAUCAAGCUCUUCACCCACUUCUUCGACGCGCUAGAGUACAUGCUCGACCGCUUCCUCGACCUCCUCGCGCUCUGCAUCUGCCAGGAGAACGACACCCUCGCCCGCAUCGGCAGCAACUGCCUGCAACAACUGAUCCUGCAGAACGUGCAAAAGUUCACCGCAGAGCACUGGAGCCUCAUCGUCAAAGCCUUUGUCGACCUCUUCCACCGCACCGAAGCCUCUGCGCUCUUCUCCGCCGCCACCUCCGGCUCCACCCCGACGCCCCUCAACGGCACACGCGCGAAUUCCGACGCACAAUCCAUUGCCGAAUCUGCAAACAUCAACCUCGACACCCCGCCCGCCACCGAGCCCUCUGAAAGCUCCACAGGCCUUGGCAUCAACGGCCUCGACGCCCCGCACCGGCCCUCCCUCGUCACAGAGCCCACAGCUGGCGACGUGCCAGCCCGCCAAACAAGCGAUCUCGAAGACUACCGGCCCGACGACAACCCGCAGCAGCCCCCCGUCGUCGUCACCGCUGCGCGCCGCCGCUUCUUCAACCAAAUCAUCACAAAGUGCGUGCUGCAGCUCCUCAUGAUCGAGACGGUGCAGGAGCUCUUUGGCAACGACGCCGUCUACUCGCACAUACCGUCACACGAGCUCCUCCGCCUCAUGGCCGUGCUCAAGAAGUCCUUCCACUUUGCCCGCCGCUUCAACGCCGCCCGCGACCUGCGCGCCCGCCUCUUCCGCGAGGGCUUCAUGAAGCAGCCGCCCAACCUGCUCAAGCAGGAAUCCGGCUCCGCGUCCGUCUACGUCGCCAUCCUGUUCCGCAUGUACCUCGACACGGCGCCCGAGCGCGCCGCAUCGCGCGCCGACACGGAAAAAGCCCUCAUCCCGCUCUGCGCGGACAUUGUGCAGAGCUACAUUGAGCUCGACCCCGACACGCAGCAGCGCAACAUUGUGACCUGGCGGCCCGUCGUCGUCACCGUGCUCGACGGGUAUGCGGGGUUCCCCGACGCCGAGUUUGAGCGCCUCACCUCCGUCUUCGCACCGCUUGUUGUUGGAAUACUCGGCACCGAUAUGGCGGGCCAUGUCCAGCGCGCUGUGCAGGCCCUCGUCGCGCGCAUCUUUCAGACGAGUCUUGGUAUGCCGAGCGUCCCGCUUAUGCAGGGCGAGAGGCGCGAGAGCCUGGCUAGUCCGGAGGCGCGCACGCCAAGGCUGAGGUAG